AUGACUGGCUGUAAACCUGUUGACACACCUGUGGAGUAUAAUGCAAAACUUGGUGUUACAAAUAACGGGGUUCCUGUGAGCAAGGGCAGGUACCAGAGGUUGGUUGAAAAGUUGAUCUACCUAUCCCAUACCAGACCAGACAUUUCAUAUGCAGUAAGCAUUGUGAGCCAGUUUAUACAAGCUCCGUAUGAGGAACAUAUGCAUGUAGUUGAUUGUAUCCUUCGAUAUUUGAAGGGAACCCCUGGUAAGGGCUUAAUGUUUAAAAAAUCUAGGAAAAGAACGAUUGAAGCCUAUACAGAUUCUGAUUGGGCAGGCUCUGUUAUUGAUAGAAAGUCAACUUCUGGAUAUUGUACCUUUGUCUGGGGUAACCUUGUCACUUGGUGA